UGCUGUUGUUGAGGAAAACAGAAAUCCUGUCUGAACAGCAGGAACUGAUUAUGCAUGUUGACAAGAAGGAGAUUAAAGCGGAACAAGAGAAACUCUGGAUAAGUCAGAAGGAACAGCAUCUUCACCAGCUGGAGGAACAUGAUAUCAAUACUUUACCUUUUAAUGUUGUCCCUGUCAAGAGUGAAAAUGUUGAUGAAAAACCACAGUUAUCGCUGGUUCAUCAAAGCCAAAGUGAGGAGAGCACGGAAACAGAGCCUUUAGCCAGCAGCUCAAAUGCACACAGAACACUCACAGCUGAUCGUGAUGACGAUGGAGGAACACAACCAGCCAGCAACUUGUGCCCAUAUGUUGAUUUACAACCAGAUAAUAAGGGCAGAUGCUCAGACAGUUCUGAAACUGAGACUGAUGAUAGUUAUGAAUGGAACCAGACCAGGGAACGUUGUUUGGAUUUAAACUGUCUUAAAAACAAUAGUGCCUCUUGUCAUUAUGGUAGCUGUAACAUUUCAAGGAAACAACUUAAUUGCUGUGAAUGUUUAAAAGCAUUUGGUCACAUGAACAAGUCAAAACAACACAAGAGAAUUCAAACAAAUAAGAAACUCUUGAGUUGUCCUGAGUGUGAUGAAAGGUGGACACAAAAGGGAAGUUUGAACACGCACAUGAAAAUUCAUGCAAGAGAGAAAAAAUUUCCCUGUUCUGAAUGUGGUAAACGAUUUGGACAAAAGUGUAGUCUAAACAUGCACAUGAAAAUUCAUUCAGGAGAGAAACCAUUUGCCUGUUCUGAGUGUAGCAAAAGAUUUGGACUAAAGAGCAGUCUGAAAACACAUAUGAGAAGUCAUACAGGAGAGAAACCAUUUGCCUGUUCUGAUUGUGGCAAACGAUUUGGAGAAAAAAGCAAUUUGAACAGGCACAUGCGAAGUCAUACUGGAGAGAAACCAUUUAUCUGUUCUGAAUGUGGUCAAAGAUUUGGAUUCAAGAGCAGUCUGCAAACCCACAUGAGAAUUCAUACAGGAGAGCAACCAUUUGUCUGUUUGGAGUGUGGUAAAAGAUACGGAGAGAAGCGCCACUUGAAAAGGCACAUGCGAAGUCAUACAGGAGAGAAACCAUUUUGCUGUUCUGAGUGUGGUGAAAGAUUUGGAGAAAAGAGCACUCUAAAUACACAUGUGAGAAUUCAUACAGGAGAGAAACCAUUUGACUGUCCUGAUUGUGGUAAAAGAUUUGGAAGGAAGGGCAAUCUGAAAACACACAUGGUUAUUCACACUGGCAAAAAACCAUUUGGCUGUUCUGAGUGUGGUGAAAUAUUUGGACAAAAGAAAAAUCUGAACAGACACAUGAGAAUUCACAUGGGAGAGAAACCAUUUGGCUGUUUUGAGUGUGGUAAAAGAUUUGGAGACAAAAGCAAUCUGAACAGGCAUGCAAGAAUUCAUACAGGAGAGAAACCUUUUGGCUGUUCUGAGUGUGGUAAAAGAUUUGGACUAAAGAGUAGUCUGGAAACUCAUAUGAGAAUUCAUUCAGGAGAUAAACCAUUUGGCUGUUCUGAGUGUAGCAAAUGGUUUGGAGAAAGACAUGAUCUGGUCAGGCAUAUGCGAAGUCAUACAGGAGAAAAACCAUUUGGCUGUUCUCAGUGUGGGGAAAGGUUUGGACAAAAGAGCAGUCUAAACACACAUAUUAAAAUCCACACAGGAGAGAAACCAUUUGGCUGUCAAGAGUGUGGUAAAAAAUUUGGACAAAAGGGCAAUCUUGACACACACUUGAUAAUUCAUACAGGCAAGAAACCAUUUGGCUGUUCUGAGUGUGGUGAAAUAUUUGGACAAAAAAAGAAUCUGAACAGACAUGUGAGAAUUCAUACAGGAGAGCAGCCAUUUGGAUGUUCAGAGUGUGGUAAAAGAUUUGGAGAAAAAAGUCGCCUGAAUACACACAUGAGAAUUCAUACAGGCGACAAGCCAUUUGGUUGUUCUGAGUGUGGUAAAAAAUUUGGUGAAAAAGGCAACUUGAGCAGUCACAUGAGAAUCCAUACAGGAGAGAAACCAUAUGGCUGUUCUGAGUGUGGCAAAAAAUUUGCAGAAAAGGGCAAUCUUAAUAGUCACAUGCGAAUUCAUACAGGAGAGAAACCAUAUGGCUGCUGUGAGUGCAAUCAAAAAUUUGGAGAAAAAAGUCGUCUGAGGAAACACAUGCGAAUGCAUACUGAAGAGAAACCAUUUAGCUGUUCUGAGUGUGGAAAAACCUUUGGAGAAAGAGGCAAUCUGAAGAGACACAUGAGAAUUCAUAUGGGACACAAGUCAUUUGGCUCUUCUGAGUGUGGUGAAAGCAUUUGAGAUGGACAAAAGUGAUCAGACGAGAAUUCAGACAGGAGAUGAUGCCCUCAAAUGAAGCCCUCCCAGGAUGAAGAAAAAAAAUUGUAGUUCGUUGACUGGCUGCUUGAGGCUGCCUCCAAAAUAGUGCACAUUUCCAUGUUAAAAUGUCCAACUUUAGAGCAGAAAUAAACAUGCUUACAGCACUGCAAAAAAAUUGUUUUGGUCUCAAUAGAUAGUUUCCUUCUCCAUGACAGCUGUACAGGAGGUGAUUGUUUUUUGUUCUUAAGUUUUAAUUUAAGAUAUUUUAAGCCUUAAGGUGUAUAAUUGUGGCAUGGUCAAUUUGCAUGUCUCUGUCUCUUGUAGCAUCCAUAACUUGGAGCCCGCUGGCACUCGGCUGUUGUGGAGGGCUGUGUCUGUUUUGUUUGGAAUAUUUUAUUACAGACACCUGGAAUAUUAUGGCUUGUUGUGUAGUGAAACAUCCUAAUG